AUGCUCCUGGAGCUGAUCAUUGAAGCUCUUCUCAUUUUAGCUGCUCUAGGACAGGAUCACAGAGCUGCUGCAGAACAGAAAUAUUCAUUGGAUAUGGCACUGAAUUCAGUUGAUGACCAAUAUGAGGGCUGUAGAGAGAAAAUGGCAAAACUGGUGGAGACAACACUUCUAAAGAAGGAACUUCAAAAAUCACCUGAUUUUAAAACGGCUUGGGAAAAUAAUAAAGCCAAGCCCCCAAAUGAUAAUUUGACAAAGAAUCAUACAAUCGCCAUUUAUGUGUACAGUGAUACUAGUGUAUAUAAGCACUUCAAUACUGAAACUCGUCGUGAUAAAGACCAGUACAAACACAUGCCAUACAAAUGGUAUUCACUUCACUUUCUGUUAACAGAUGCAAUACAGAUUCUGAAACAAACACAAAAUCAAUGCUAUUCAACUUUUCGUGGUACAAAUGUUAGAUUUAAUGAGGAUGUUCUGAACAAAGAGGUUCGUUUCGGCUCAUUUACAUCCUCCUCUCUUGAUCGUAAAGUAGCACAGCAUUUUGGAAAAGUGUCUUGUUUUGAAAUCCACACAUGUGAAGGUGCUGAUGUGGCAAAAUAUUCUAAGCUUCCUCGUGAGAAAGAGGUGCUGAUUCCUCCAUAUGAGAAGUUUAAAGUUGUUGAGGUCAAAACAAAAGAAGAGCAGAAAGAUCUCUGGUGUGAAACUGUGUUUGUUUUGAAAAGCUCUGGAAUAAGAAGUGAUCUGAACUGUGCUCUGUUCAAGAAACCAUCCAAGACCAAAACAAAGUACUAUAUACUGAACAACGUGCUUUGA